AGCUCUGUCAUUUGCACACACCCUUAUAGGCAGAUGACACUCCUCUAAACUCAAGUUCUUCAAAAGAAGGGAAGGCAGGAUGAAGACCUCUUUGUUACUGUGGGGAGUCCUGGCAGUUUUCUUGGGGGCUGCUCUUGUGGCAGGUUAUGAGGAUGAGGAGGUGGAAGAGCAUGUCCUAGUUGAUAACAAGUGUAAAUGUGCGAGGGUGACCUCAAAGUUUGUCCCUUCUAAAGACAAUCCUGAGGAAGAAGUCCUGGUGAGAAACAUACGAGUCAUAGUUCCCCUGAUGAGCAGAAAGAACAUCUCUGAUCCCACCUCACCAGUGAGAACCACCUUUGUCUACCGGCUGUCUGAGCUCUGCAAAAAAUGUGAUCCCACAGAAGUGGAGCUGGGUGACCGGAUAGUGACUGCUGAGCAGAGCAACAGCUGCAGCAGUUCCGAUACCUGCUACACCUAUGACAGGAACAAAUGCUACACCAAAACCUUCCCGUUUUUCUAUGACGGGAAGAUCAACACCGUCCAAGCAGCCUUGACUCCAGAAUCCUGCUACGCUGAUUAGAUUAAACCACUGCUCUUAGAGUGCCUUGUUAUACUAUCAUCUGCCCCCACAGACCAAAACACAUUUAUAUUAGCAUGGUAAGAAAGACAGUGUCUGAAAUAUCAGCGCCUCACAGUUAACAUGCUAGCUACGUGAAAAGUAACGCCUUCCUUCUAUAGCACCCGGUGGUAAUAAAUCUAACUGAAUAACUCAGCCAAUUAUGCAUGGUGGGCAAAAUCCUAUACUGUGAGGCAGAUCCUCAGCUGGUAUAAAUCAAUGUAAGUGCCUUGAAAAUCAAAGGAACUACACUAACUUACACCAGUGGGGGAUCUUGCUUGGACAGUCUUCAUUCAGUCCUGCCUCAGAUGAGGUUCUCAUUAAAGUCAGUGGGAGCUUUGCCCUAGUAAUAAAGACAGGAUUUGUUCUUCUCUAUAUAUAGAAACAGUGACAUCCAAAUGCCACGCCAGUGUUUGGAUUCUGCUUUCCACGAUUAUGUUUUCCAAAGCAGCUUCUCCAGGGUCAUGGUCUUUUUGGUUAAUACAAUAACUUUUAGCCCAGAGAGACAGCAUUCCUGCACAUAAAAUAUCAGUGCGCCAGUUGAGAUGGCCCCUUGUUUGUGGUCUUUUGGAAAACCCCACUUAAAUGAUCUAAAAUAAUUCUUUGCACAAACUUUAAGUAACACAAGACCAUACUGUUACACUCCCACCUGUGAGCAUAAUAGAAAUCAGUGCCAUUAUUGAGAA